AUGGCAAAUUGUGCUAUGCGGUGCAAACUCUGCCUGCUCGGAUAUAUUCUGUUGGUUGGGCUGCUUUCCAGAGCCUUCCAAAAACCGAAACAGCUGGGUGUUUCGGGCUACUCACCUCGCCACCUUGUUUCGUCAACAUUUCUGACAUUGUCUGCAUUUUUCCGCUCCAUUUACAGACUUGCACUUGAGUCCAUCGGUCUGCUUAAUACAAACUUUAUUGUGCGGAGUUCGCGGCUUAGGUGGCUCAAAAUGCCUCUCCACUAUAUUGAUCAGGAGGCCAAACACAAGAUUAAGGCUGUUGAUGCUCAGUUGGAAGAGUUUUACUCGCAAUUGGGUCUUAUCAUUAACAGUAUUCCAAUGCAGCGCGACAUUUUCGCUGAGCUAUUGCCUGGGGUCACAACUGAUGUUAAGCUGGUUAUUGAGGCAGUGGAAGCGUAUACUAGAGACAAAUCGAUGUUGGUGGAAACUGCACCACCCGGGUUUUUAACUCGUUACUGGCCCGCGCUUCUUCUUUUGAUCAAUUACGGCCCUCUGACUACAGCUUCUGUUUGGAAUAGUAGGUACGAAAUUGUGUCGUGGGUACGCCAUAAUAUGGUAGACACAGUGGUAGGAUUUUGGAAGAAUUGGAUUGUCAAGCCAAUAGGUGACAUGUUGGCUAUUCUUAGGGAUGACGACACUAUGACAAUUACAUCAAAAGAGCUGUUAAGAUCUGACCUUGAUUCGUUGGAACGCAUGGUAGCAGACUUUGCGAAAGACAACAAUUUGAAUGUUGAUCCUCAGCAAGUGCAUGCGGCCGUCUCGCGUGGAGAUUUGACUUUAAUGAUGUCACAAUAUGAAAAUGAGAUCCGGACGCCUUAUAAACUGAUCAUACAGGGUCUGCUAAUCCGGUCCAUGUUGAUCCAGGUUCAGAAAACCAAAGUGGAUGGAGCAAUUGCAAUCAACGGCAUAGACAAGCUUCUCAAAUCGCAGCAGCUAUUGUUCGGCAUUCUUUCGAUUCUGCCCUCGCUCUUUAUCAUUUACCAGGUAAACCGUGCGUUGCUGGCUGACGCAUCUAUGUCACAAAAUGUUGCUGACCGGCGUAUCUCGUGUCUCAAGAGCUUGAAGCAGAUUGAACGGCUUGUGAAUGGAGAAGUGCAGGGAAAUAAGUAUGUGAGCGACGGAAAACUUUUUGUGGAGGUUGUUAAUUUGACGAUGAUGUCUUCGUCUGUCAUUCCUAAGAAAUUGCGCAGCGAGUUUCUUCACGACUUGAAUGAUUUAGCUCUUCGCAAUACUGAAAGUGGACAGCAAGCUCUCAGUAUCACAAACCGUAUUUGGAACAUGUACUCGCCAUUUUUCCGCCGCUCUUUGGUCUAA